AGGCAACCGCUAUGCUAAAUAGAUCCAUGGAUUGAGGCUCAACCCUGUUGAAAUUGAGAAAUCAACCCCAAAUCUCCAACAGCUGACAGAACUGACUUCCGAUUUCCGACCUCCAAUAUUUUCUCUCACCGCUCGCCUGAGAUACCGGUAUAAGUCCGAACGAUAUGAGGAAUAACGAAAAUCAAAAUCAUCUCAUACCAGAAUUCAUGAUUUGUUCAUGUAGUUCAAUUGCUUCUCGAUAUCCAUCAUGAAUUACGAAUCUGUUCAUGGUCAAGAUAUAUCGAGCUUCGAUUUGACUUCGACUCAUCGGUUGCCUACAGUUUCGGCAGCUCAGGCACUUAAGGAUCUUGGGACUAACCCUCAACGCUUUAUAUCUACAAACCUCGCAUCCCUCGAUCAAAAUCUCAAUGAUGUCAUCAGUGAUGAUAGCGACGCUCCCCCUCGCCCCGGCGGUUUGCAGAAGGGUCAAGUCGUAGAAAUCUGGGGACCCCCAGGUUCCGGAAAGACUGCCUUUGGGAUUCAACUCGCUGCGAAUAUCCUACGUCAAGGUGAAAAGGUUAUCUGGGUAGAUGGGUUCCACCCGAUAUCCCCCCGUAGAUUGUAUGAUGUGAUCGUAUCUACUCACUAUCCGUCAUCACCAUCCACUACAACCCCCUUAAUAGAUAAUCAAACGGACAACUUUCUCCAUUUUCGAGCGCCAACCCUGGCUCAUCUCAUCGGGCUCCUCUGCAAGCCCACAUCAAGUGCGAUCCCAAGCAAUACUUCACUUAUUGUGAUCGAUACUCUAUCUAGUCUAAUCAACCAUGCUUACCCGAGAAAUUUCGAGACCCGGCGAUCCCAAAAAGGUCCCGGACCUUCGGCUAGAAGAUUACAGGUUCUUCAGUUCUUGAUUUCGACGCUCCAGAAGCUUGCCGCUACGCGAGAUCUUUGUAUUGUCAUUCUGUCUCAGUGCGCAACGAGAAUGCAAUUCGAACGCGGUGCCACGCUUAUCCCUGCUAUUAAUGCUGGCACCUGGGAGCAAGGGAUCGCUACGCGACUCGUUCUUUUUAGAGAUUGGGUAAUAGAAAACGACAUAGUACGCGACAUCCGUUUUGUCGGCGUUCAGAAGCUAAAUGGCAAGUCAAUUCCGGGUGGCAUCAGUCAAGUUUUCGCCUUCAAUAUUCAGGCUGUAAGUAAACCCUUCAUACGUAACCACCCUAGGCUGCUAACCUGCAUAGGAGGGUCUUGUCGGCGUUGACUUAGAUGCGAACCAACCAUCCUUGCCGCUAUCACCAAGUCCGCAUCUGAAGCGAAAAUUGAGCCAAACAGAUUUUGAGGUUGCCGAUAGCGAGGGUGAGGAUUACGGUUGGGAGGAUGAGGACGAAUUAGAAAUGCCGGGCAUGCCGCCCCAAUGGCAAGGUAGUGAGGAUAUCCUCCUCGGACAGGCUGAAGAAGAAGAUGCUCAGACGGAGGAAGAGUCAUUAGAUCAAUCCAUACACCUGGAAGAGACUACGGCAGACCUGAAAUCGGGUCGUACCGGGAGCGAUGGAGACGACUCCUAGUUGACAACGUUGGUUGUGGGUCUUGAAAAGCCUGGUCCAGCCUGUCUUGAAUGUGAGACGCGCACAUUCACGAUAAUACGUUCCAUUUGAAAAUUCUACGAG